AUGUACUUUGUACAUAUUACUAAGGGCUCUUAUUUAUUGGAUAACCUAUUUACUUUGUUCAAGCCUGAAGAAAGACAAAAUACAUUUUGGGAUUAUAUCACUACACUAGCAUCUACGAGAAGUCAGUUAAAAGAGGGACUCAAUGGUUCUGAUAUUGUGUGUUGUCGUGGGCUACUUAAACGAGUAGCACACGCUCCGUAUAAUUUGAAUGCUUCCUGGAAGUUUUCUGUUCGACGCGUUGGUGACGUGAUCUUUCUUUGUGAAAGUGAACGCUAUCUGAACCACACGCUGCCUCUAGAAAAGCAACGUGAAAUAUAUCGUGGCUUCAGUUUUGCCGAGUACGUUACAGUGACAGGAAAAGAUGUUACUUCGACAACAGAUAAGUCGGCCACAAACUUCGAAGAAUUUGUAGGAGUAAUGCAGUCCACAUUGGCUUUGGGUCCUAAAUCCAAAAAGCCUCUCAAAUUAUUCUAUAACGGAGAAGUUGACGCACUCUACAAAGAGACAAAUGUCCCCGUAGAGUUGAAGGUGACAAAUUUGACAAAUUACAACCGAAACAAAGAUAAGAUCAACCUUGAAUGGUUCUUGCACUCGUAUUUGAUGGGCAUCACCGACCUUUAUGUUUGCUAUGAUGUGGAUGAAGUUGUCAAAAAAGUUGACUGUUUGUUUGUUGAAGACCUUUGCAAAGCAAGCGAAGUAUAUGUGUGCAUGAACGUGCUCCAUAAAGUGCUAAGCGAGGUUUGUCGCGAAUAUCCAGCAAUUCCUUGCGUCUUGAAACAGUUUGGGCUGAGUAGGAAGUGCACUUUUUAG